GACCAAAAGUUUUGAGAUCUGGAUUCCGGUUCUACCCUUUACUUGAUUGUUUUUAAAUUUUUCUAGUUUUGGUCGGAUGACUCCGAUCCAAAUUUAGACCUGCCCCUUCUUUCAAGAACUCAUCCCUAGACAUUGCAGGGAAAGGCCAAAAUAAGUAAAAGUACUCCUUAGAAGAAAGGGUCGGCGGAAUCAGGAUGCCAGUCCAGGAACUCAACGCGCGGAUGCAGCACCUCCUGGCGAUUUCCAGCAACGGCGGAGGAGCUGAGGCGGAGGCGGCAGUGUGGGGUCAGAUCAGAGACGAGGCGAAGCGCGACGCCGAAUCGGAGCCGGCGCUCGCCAGCUACCUUUACUCCUCCAUCAUUUCUCAUUCCUCCUUGUUUGGCUCCCUCUCCUUUCAUCUCGGCAACAAGCUCUGUUCCUCCACCCUGCUCUCCACCCUUCUCUACGACCUCUUCCUCAACACCUUCUCCUCCGAUCCGUCCCUCCGCGCAGCCACCGUCGCCGACCUUUGCGCCGCCCGUUUCCGCGACGCCGCUUGCAUUUCCUUCUCCCACUGUCUUUUGAAUUACAAGGGCUUCUUAGCCAUCCAGGCACAUAGAUUGGCACAUAAGCUAUGGCUACAGAACAGGAAACCCAUGGCUUUGUCACUGCAAUCCAGGAUAGCAGAUGUGUUUGCAGUGGACAUACAUCCAGCAGCAAGGAUAGGGAAAGGAAUAUUACUAGAUCAUGCAACCGGAGUGGUGAUAGGAGAGACGGCAAUCAUAGGGAACAAUGUGUCCAUGCUGCACCACGUCACAUUAGGUGGGACAGGGAAGGUUGGAGGUGAUAGGCAUCCUAAAAUCGGAGAUGGAGUCUUAAUUGGGGCUGGGGCCACAAUAUUGGGAAACAUAAAGAUUGGCGAGGGAGCUAAAAUUGGCGCCGGAUCUGUGGUACUGAUUGAUGUGCCACCAUGGACCACCGCAGUUGGAAGUCCUGCUAGGCUAGUGGGUGGGAAGGAACAGCCCAGUGUUCAUGAAGAUGUCCCCGGGGAGUCCAUGGAUCAUACUUCGUUUAUUUCCCAAUGGUCAGACUACGUUAUAUAGUAUUUGCUCACCACAAGGAAACUACGGCUGCGUUCAUAUAUAUGCUCAAGCCGUAUAAACCUUGAUGGGGAGAUGAAUGAAUAUUCAAGUGUAAUUGGCCGUGUCCGAAACAGAAAUAAAUCAUUGCUUUCUGGUUUUAUCACUUGCUUCUUAGCACUGUAAACUCUUAGACAUUUGAAUUUACCCAUGGUGGUGUAUAUUGAGUGAGCUAAUUAAUUAAUGAUAUUUGA